ACGAACAAAACCAUGGAGAGUGUGCCGGUCAGUGUAGAGACAAUUUCGGAAAAUCAGAUCCAAGAAAUUGGACUGGAUGGCACAGAAUUUUAUGUACAGCCACUUUCUAUGUCAGAAAACCUGACCAAGUUGGCACAUAAGAUCGACUUCUCCAAAGAUGAAAGUGAAGAGAAAGGAAAACCCACCUCAGAGGGAGGGACAGAAAUCACAGAGGAAGAGAAAGCCCUGGCUAAGUUCCAGCCUUCACUGUGGCCUUGGGACUCAGUCAGGACUAAACUCAAGAACUCCCUGACAGAGAUGAGUGUGUUACUCGAUGUAUUAAACAUAGCCAAGGAGAGAAGAUACAUGGUGCUAGACCCUGUACAACAAGAGCCUCCUGAACAGAGGCCAGCAAUGCUACUCAUGGCUAAGAAAAAGGGUUUACAAGAGGCUGCCAGCAUCUUACUGGAAGGAGCUGAAAGGUUAAGGAAAUCUCAACAAGAAAAGAACCAAAACCGAGGUCAGCCUGAUUUCCACACUGAGCUGAGAAAAUUGAGACAGCACUGGAGGCUGAAGAAAGUGGGGAACACCAUACUGGGGGAUCUUAGCUACAAGUCUGCUGGUUCCAGGUUUUGGCAGAGUGGGACAUUUGAGGUGAUCAAAAGUGACCUGGACGAAGACCCCCCUCCAGCACCCCCCAGUAAGGCUCAGCUCCCCAGGAGCCCCCUCAGAGUAGUGGUGCCCAGUGAACUGGAUGGUGUGGCCUACAUACAGGUGGCGCUGAAGAGAGCAGCUGAUUCUGCAGACUUUAUGAGUGCCAAUGUGACUAUGCCCUCCAGUUCAGCAGGUAUACCCGAGGAUGCCCCCUGGCAGAGAAAGUUGGAAGCAGCACAAAAUGUGAUAUUUUGUAAAGAAUUGUUUGCACAGCUGGCAAGAGAAGCAGUGCAGUCCCAGUCCAAGAUACCAAAUAUUGUAGUAGGCAACCAAAUCAUAGUGCCUCUUUUCCCAGGCAUUCAACUGACUGUCACAUUGAGUCACAUUACAGGAAGGGAGAAAAGGACUCCAGGUCUCCAUCACAAGCAGGUCCACAACCAGGUGUUAGAGCACUCUCUGCACCAGUUACUGAGGGAGAUGCACCAUAAGAACAUCCAUCAUCCCAUGCCCCACCCCGUCACCGCCUCCCUGGGGGUCAGCAAGAGGCGACGGCUGGCUGGACCACAAGCCUUCAGCAAACAGGAGUUAUCUGACAUGAUGGAAAGUGAAUCUCUGCUGGACCAGAUUAUAAACCAGGCCAAACACAUGAUACUAAGGUCCAAAACUAUGCAGCUGAUAGAUCAUUUGACCAGAACUCUUCAGGACCCACAGUUGAUGGCUCACUGGAACACCACCAGUACAGCUACACAGGCCUCAUGUAGAGUGGACAUCACUUCACUGGGGUAUGAGAGUAUCAGGACUUCCUUCUAUCUCACAGUUGGAAUGGAGUCCAUAAAAGCAGAGUGUAGGGAUGGACGCAUCAUCACACUGUCAUAUGAACAGGGAGAGUUACGAGACUUGGUACUAUCUCAGAUGUACCAGCACCAGGUGACCAUGGCCCAGCACCUGUGUAAGUUGUUGGGCUGGCAGGUGCUCUCUAGCAGUCUGCACCUGGGGCUGGGGAACAUGGAGCCCCUGGGGAGCUACUCCAGCAUUAUGAUGGCAUCCCCCUCGGGUCAAAGAGUGCUGUCUAUAAAAACUGGCCCAACCACGGGAUCCAUGGUGUAUGUACAGCAUUGCCCUAGGAAAGGGGAGGAGAACAACAGCAAAAACAUUGUGACAGAUCCAAAGUGGGACUGCCUAGGGGGAGAAUUCCAGAGUAUCAACUAUCAGAAAGUGGAAGGAAGGAACUUUGUUAGUAAAAUUGAAACUUUAAUGGCUUCCUUACCAUGACUGGUGUUCAUGAUUGAAAAAAAAUUGAUUUACAUUGACAUAAGGCUACAGAAUGCCCCUCUGGCAAGAGAAGCAGUGCAGUCCCAGUCCAAGAUACCAAAUAUUGUAGUAGGCAACCAAAUCAUAGUGCCUCUUUUCCCAGGCAUACAACUGACUGUGACAUUGAGUCACAUUACAGGAAGGGAGAAAAGGACCCCAGGUCUCCAUCACAAACAGGUCCACAACCAGGUGUUGGAGCACUCUCUGCACCAGUUACUGAGGGAGAUGCACCAUAAGAACAUCCACCACCCCAUGCCCCAUCCUGUCACCGCCUCCCUGGGGGUCAGCAAGAGAAGGCGGCUGGCUGGACCACAAGCCUUCAGCAAACAGGAGUUAUCUGACAUGAUGGAAAGUGAAUCUCUGCUGGACCAGAUUAUAAACCAGGCCAAACACAUGAUACUAAGGUCCAAAACUAUGCAGCUGAUAGAUCAUUUGACCAGAACUCUUCAGGACCCACAGUUAAUGGCUCACUGGAACACCACCAGUACAGCUACACAGGCCUCAUGUAGAGUAGAUAUCACUUCACUGGGGUAUGAGAGUAUCAGGACUUCCUUCUAUCUCACAGUUGGAAUGGAGUCCAUAAAAGCAGAGUGUAGGGAUGGACGCAUAAUCACACUGUCAUAUGAACAGGGAGAGUUACGAGACUUGGUACUAUCUCAGAUGUACCAGCACCAGGUGACCAUGGCCCAGCACCUGUGUAAAUUGUUAGGCUGGCAGGUGCUCUCUAGCAGUCUGCACCUGGGGCUGGGGAACAUGGAGCCCCUUGGGAGCUACUCCAGCAUUAUGAUGGCAUCCCCCUCGGGUCAAAGAGUGCUGUCUAUAAAAACUGGCCCAACCACGGGAUCCAUGGUGUAUGUACAGCAUUGCCCUAGGAAAGGGGAGGAGAACAACAGCAAAAACAUUGUGACAGACCCCAAAUGGAACUGCCUAGGGGGAGAAUUCCAGAGCAUCAACUAUCAGAAAGUGGAAGGAAGGAACUUUGUUAGCAAAAUUGAAACUUUAAUGGCUUCCUUACCAUGACUGGUGUUCAUGAUUGAAAAAAAAUUGAUUUACAUUGACAUAAGGCUACAGAAUGCCCCUGUUAGUUUUAAAAAGUGCAGAAUGGAGAUUUCUGGUUGGUGUUCUUCAGUUUGCUGGAACAGCUUGCCAUGUUAAAAAUCCAGGAGAAUAAACUGAUUUUAAGCUUUAAUGCACUUAAUACCAUGUUCAUUAUGGAUUACCAACCAGAAAACAAAAUUGUAUUGUGGCACAGGAACAAGGGGGUAUUCCUUGAAUACCAUCAUGUGGUAAAUAGGUCUCACUUGUUUGACUGUGGAGAUUGGAAGUGGAUACCCAAUAUUACACUUCUCUACAUAAAAGUAUGGAACCAACUUCAACCACGAAAUCUCAAUGUCAUACGUGAUUCCAGGCACUGUGAACAAGUUAAAUAUAAAAUAAUAACAUAUUGGAGUCAUUCAUUUUUUUGAAGAUUUCAGCAAUGUCAUUUGUGAAGGAAAUCACAAAACAGCAGAUUUUGCUGGAAAAAGUUUUGUAUGUGCGAUGUAUGUAUGCAUGUAUGUUAUAAUGUAUGUACGAUCAU